GUCGAGCGGCAGACCAGUCUCAUUGUUGAAUCGCUGAUAAUCGGCAGAAUGUUCACCAGGUCGAGACGAAGACAUUGGAGUCGCGUCGUACAGCUGACACGCACUGCACCGUACUUCCUGUCAGCGAGUCACGCUUGACAGAUCCUGCUCCGACCUUCAGCCGAUUCAGCGAACCGGCAAGACGUCUCUGCCGCGGGACGACGUCAGACUCCGACUGAAUGACGCGACGCUUGCAGAGAUGUAUAUAUUAGGCGUAUGAGCGAAUAUGCGAUAUACAUAAUUCACGCUACUGCUGUUGAUACUGAAGCGCAUCGAUGUCGACGAUCCUGACAUUUUAUAUAUGAAUGUGUAAUCGCGCUCUCUCGCUCUUGCAUACCUUUAAAUGAAACAGAUGUAUGUACAAGAUUGAAUGACGAACAAGAGAGAAAGGAACAAAGCAUAGAAUGUAGGCGCAUGCGUGAAUUCCAUCGCUGACUUUCACUACAUAUUUACAGAAGUGUUCUUGAUUUAAAAAAAAAAUUAAAAGCUACUAGCGAGUCUCUUCUAAUUCCAGGAAUGAUAUCACACCGUGAAAAAUCACGUAAUCUCACAAUUGGAUAUGCAGUAACAAAGUUUCUCGCGCCAUGCAAUGAGAGAAAUACAAGUUUAUGUUGUCUUCGACGAACAAACAUUGCUACAUUUCUUGUGGCACUUAUAUAAGAUUACGUAUAAUCUGAACUCACUCAGCUGACUGUAUGCGAUCAUACACACUCGACUGAUUCUUAUCAGCCAAUGCUGAGUGUGCGCAAAAUGUGUUCGGACAGUGAUGAUCCAGCUUGACCUGCGAAAUUUGAAUGUUCAGGGCAACGUCUGUCGUGUAGAUUGCAUCGAUGGCGAUCACUUUGUAGAUGUAAUAUUAAAUGACGAGGUAAUCGACGUCAAUAAUAUCUACAGCGAUCGACUCGUAGAUGAAUGGCAGCAGGUCCAGACGGAUCGCGAUAAGGUGCUCUUCUACAUAUUGAGCCAGAUUGUUUAUCCAAACUUGGACACACCGCGAGCAGACAAGUUUGAAUCGUUGUACGCUCCGGUGGAUGAACAUGACAUCGUAUCACUGAGAUGGCAAAAGGGAAAAGCGGUUGGGUUUUAUACCGUUAAACCUACAGGUACGGAAAUAUUCUCGACGAAGGAGAGAUAUGUGAUGCCUACAGUGGAUACGGCGUACAUUCGUUCAGAAUAUAGAAAUCAGGGUUUCGGUACGGAGAUCCUAUCCGACGUGAUCGCGCGCUUCCCGAAUGAAGACAUCGGCUUUUCCAAGCCAAUCUCAAGCAGCAUGUUGAGAAUCCUGAAAACAUUUCUGAUGAGUCACAAAGAAUAUCGAUUGCGUUUCUGGGAAAUUUCUGACUGCGAUAUCGGCGUGUCUCAGCAACUGAUAUGGUGUCGUUUGAAAAAAAUGGUAAUGAAAUAGUAUUUAUGAUAAAAAAUGAUUAGAAUUUAUUAUAAAAACCAUCGCAAAGACGUACUUAACGAGAUAAUUGUAUAUAUUUUUAAUUGUUUUAUAUGCGUACGUACAUAUA